AUGAUGAGCAGUGGAGGGAUCGGGGUGCCGCUAGGCUUCCCCUUGGCCCCCACGUCUGUCAUCCAGAUCACGAACCUCUCCUCGGCUGUGACCAGUGAGCAGAUGCGGACUCUCUUCAGCUUCCUGGGAGAUAUCGAGGAGCUGCGCCUCUAUCCCCCGGACAACACACCUCUUACUUUUUCCUCCAAAGUAUGUUAUAUUAAGUUUCGUGAAGCAUCAAGUGUCGGUGUGGCCCAGCAUCUAACUAACACGGUUUUUAUUGACAGAGCUUUGAUAGUUGUGCCCUGUGCAGAAGGUAAAAUCCCAGAUGAAGCCAAAGCCCUUUCUCUAUUGGCACCUGCUCCUACUAUGACAAGUCUGAUGCCCGGUGCAGGGUUGCUUCCUAUACCUACACCAACUCCUUUAACUGCACUUGGUGUUUCACUUGGCACUUUGGGGGCUAUACCAGCAGCAGCAUUGGACCCUAACAUUACAACACUGGGAGAAAUACCACAGCCACCAAUUAUAGGGAAUGUGGACCCAUCAAAGAUUGAUGAAAUUAGAAGAACAGUCUAUGUUGGAAACUUGAAUUCGCAGACUACAACAGCAGAUCAGCUGCUUGAAUUUUUUAAGCAAGUUGGAGAAGUCAAAUUUGUGCGAAUGGCAGGUGAUGAGACACAACCAACACGAUUUGCUUUUGUGGAAUUUGCAGACCAAAAUUCUGUACCUCGAGCUCUCGCCUUUAAUGGAGUUAUGUUUGGAGACAGGCCACUGAAAAUAAAUCACUCCAAUAAUGCAAUAGUGAAGCCUCCUGAAAUGACACCUCAAGCUGCUGCCAAGGAACUGGAAGAAGUGAUGAAGAGAGUAAGGGAAGCCCAAUCAUUCAUAUCUGCUGCUAUUGAGCCAGAGUCUGGAAAGAGCAGUGAAAGAAAAGGUGGUCAAUCUCGUUCCCAUUCUCGUUCAGAAUCCAGGUCUAGCUCAAAAUCCCAAUCUAGAAGGAAAAGAUCUCACUCAAAACACAGAAGUAGAUCUGGCAACAGAUCACUCUCAAGACAAAAGGACAGACGAAGAUCCAGAAGUCCCCUGAAAACACGGUUUAGAUCUAGGGAAAGGUGGGAAUCAAGAAGUUGCUCUCAUUCUUGGGACAAAAAAAGAGACAACGAAAAGGUCAAGGAAAAAGAAAAGGCCAAAGAAAAGGAGAGAGACCAAGACAAAGAGAAGGAGAGAACCUGGGACAAAGAAAAGGAAAGAGAGCGAGAUAAAGAGAGACACAGGGAUAAGGACAAGGAGAAGGACCAGGAGAAAGAACGGCAUAAAGAUCGAGAGAGAGUUAGAGUCAAGGAAAGGGAUAUAGACAGGGACAAGGACAAGGAAAAGAACAAGGAGAAGGAGAAGGAAAAAGACAGAGAAGAGGUAGACCAGAACAAGGAAAAAUAUGAUGUUAUGAAAGAGGGGGAAAAGGAUAGAGAGAAGAUUAAGGACAAGGAGGACGAGAAGGACAGAAGGGAAAAAGGGGACAAAGAAAAGGAGAAAGAUGAGAAGAAGGAGCAAGAAAGAGAAAAAGAGAGAGGUGAUAAAAAAAAGAAAGAGAAGAGAUCCAGAACACCCCCAAGAAGCUAUAGCUCUUCAAGAUCUCGUAGCUCCAGCAGAGAAAGACGUAAAAGGAAGAGUAGAAGUCUCUCCAAGUCUCCUAAAAUGACCAAAAAGAAGUCUUCACAAACUCCUUCUCUGAGAAGAAACAAGAAGGACAAAAAAAUAGAAAGAGAUAGAAAUAAUGAAAGAAAAGAAAGGGAACACUUCAAGAAAAAAAUUAGUAAAGUAAAAGAGGGAAAGGAGAAAUCUGACAAAAGCACCACUACUUUGAAGGAUAAAGAUCACACUGAAGAGGAUCAGAAUUCAGAAACUGACAAGGAAGUAGGCAAUAGAGAUACAGAAAGGAUUGGUGAAAUCCAAUUGCAACAGAAUGGGAACUAUCAACCAAAUGACGAAAACCAUUCAAUUAAAAUGGAAGAGGUUUAA